AUGAGAAUCGGAUUGUUCUGGCUCACCGCGCUCUUCACAAUUAUCGAGGGGCCUGACAUCCUCUUGGGCAGAAAUGAAAACAGAACCAAAAGAGAAGUGAUUGUAGCUAAGAAAAGGCCUCUAGGCCGGGUCCAGGAAUAUGAGCUGCUCCUUCAGAUGACCUAUAGAAAUUCCAGUGAGAAAAGGAUCUUGAAGAAUUUUCUGAAGCUCUUGGAGCCUCCAUCGCUGCCUCUAUCAUUAUUGUUACAUGGAUUCAAAGAGAUUAUCAGAGCAAAGGCUACCACAUACUGUAGAAGCCUGAACGGAGCCCUGCAGUGUGCCUGUGAAGAUGGCUACUCCUGGUUUCCUCCCACAUGCCUUGAUGCUCAGAAGUGCUACCUCUCCACGGCAGGACCACUCCAGAGCUGUCACUGUCACCUGGGCAACCUCAGCCAAAGUACAAAUUUCUGUGAGAGAACAAAGAUUUGGGGCACUUUCAAAAUUAAUGAAAAAUUUACAAAAGAUCUUUUGAAUUCAUCUUCUGCUAUAUACUCCAAAUAUACAACUGGGAUUGAAACUCAACUUAAAGAAGUAUACAAAGGAGUUCAAGGUUUUGAGUUGGUCCGGGUCACCCAAUUUCGGGAAGGAAGCAUCGUUGUUGGAUAUGAAGUCAUUGGCUCCAGCAGCCCAUCUAAGCUGCUGUCAGCCAUUGAACAGGAGACUGAAAAGGCUAAGACAGCCCUCCGCAAGCUCUUUCCACUAGAUGAUGACUCUUUCAAAGUGUUUGGAAAAGCUGAGUGUAACAGCGUGAUCUUUGGAUUUGGGUUCCAGAAUGACGAGCAUACCCUGCCCUGCAGUCGUGGCUACAUUGGAGACAUCACAGCCAGGUGCCAGGCCUCUGGAUGGCAGGUGAUCAGGGAGACCUGUGUGCUCUCCAAGCUGGAGGAACUCAAGAAGAAUUUCAGUGCAAUCGCAAGCAAUGCCACAGAGGCAGCCAUGUCGUCGUUGGUUCGGAAGCUUUCUGUCAUCAUUGACCAAAACCCAUCCACCACCGUGGGGAAUCUAGCUUCGGUGGUGUCGAUUCUGGGAAAUGUGUCGACCCUGUCCCUGGCAAGUCAUUUCAAGGUGUCCAAUUCAACCAUUGAGGAUGUCGUCGAUAUAGUCAACCAUGUCCUUAAUUCAGCAUUAAUAACAAACUGGACAGUGUUGCUGCAGGAAGAAAAACGGGCCAGCUCACGGUUGCUGGAAACAUUAGAGAAUAUUAGCACUCUGGUCCCUUCCACUGCGUUGCCUCUGAAUUUUUCUCGGGAAUUCAUUACCUGGGAAGGGAUUCCUGUGACCAAGGGCAAACUCAAUAAAGGUUACAACUAUUGGACUGAAAUGUUGAUCCCAAAUGCCUCCACUCCUAUUAGAGGCCAAGUGUUAAUUGGGUCUGAGCAAUUCCACGAGUUCCUUCCAGCAACAAUCAUCAGCAUGGCCUCGUUGACCCUGGGGAACAUUCUACCCAUCACCCAGAAUGGAAAUGCUCAGCUCAACGGGCCUGUGAUAUCAACCAUUAUCCACAAUUACUCCAUAAACGAAAUCUUCCUGAUUUUUUCCAAGAUCGAGUCCAGCCUGGUCCAGCCUCGCUGUGUGUUCUGGGAUUUCAGCCGUUUUCAGUGGAGCAACGCAGGCUGCCACCUGGUGAAUGAGACUCGGGACUCGGUGAUGUGCCGCUGUACUCACCUGACCUCCUUCUCCUUGCUGAUGUCACAUUUUGUCCCCGCUGCCACCAUCCCCGUGGUGCAAUGGAUCACCUACGUGGGGCUGGCUGUCUCCAUUGGAAGUCUCGUGUUAUGCCUGGUUAUUGAAGCUCUGUUUUGGAAGCAGGCCAAGAAAACUCCCAUCUCACACACGCGUUAUAUCUGCAUGGUCAACAUCGCCCUGUCCCUCCUGGUUGCUGAUAUUGGGUUUUUUGUUGCUGCCUCUGUGGACAUUACGGCUGACCCUUCUGGAUUCUGCGUAGCUGCAGUGUUCUUUACGCACUUUUUCUACCUCGCCCUGUUUUUUUGGAUGCUCAUGCUCGGCCUUCUUCUGGCUUAUCGGAUCAUCUUCGUGUUCCAUCACAUGACCAUGCCUAUGAUGGUGGCUAUUGGGUUCUGCCUGGGCUAUGGGUGUCCUCUUGUUAUAUCUGUCAUCACCGUUGCGGUCACACAGCCUAGUGACAGCUACAAAAGGAAAGAUGUGUGUUGGUUGAACUGGUCUGAUGGGAGCAAGCCUCUCCUGGCUUUUGUUGUUCCUGCCCUGACGAUUGUGUUUGUGAACUUCCUGACAGUACUGUUAGUUCUCCUGACGCUCCGGAGGCCAAGUGUUGGAGAAGGAAGGAGCCGCGAUGAUAAGGCCACUGUCAUCCGCAUGGGGAAAAGCUUGCUUAUUCUGACACCUCUGCUGGGGCUCACCUGGGGCUUUGGCAUCGGCACCAUGGUGGACAGCCAGAACCUGGCUUGGCACGUGAUUUUUGCUCUGCUCAAUGCAUUCCAGGGUUUUUUUAUCUUAUGCUUUGGAAUGCUCCUGGAUAAUAAGUUGCGACAACUUCUAUUAAACAAAUUGUCCCCUUUAAUAUCUUGGAAGCAACCAUCAAAGCAGAAUCCAUCUGAUUUAUGUCCGAAACCCAAAUUCUCGAACCCUUUCAACCCAUGGCAACACCAAGGCACGUAUGCAUUUUCUCAUACUGGAGACUCCUCAAAUGACAUCGUGCUGACUCAGUUUUUAUCAACGGAAUAA